AUGUGGAUGCGGUCGUCGGUUUUUCGUGUAACCACUUUCCGUGGGCCAGAGGACAUGUUUUCGAGUCAGGCCGUGACGGACGAUCAGCCACGAGACUCACUCUUCCUCCGCGACGUGACGUUACAACCAACCAGACGGGCUGGUACCUGUUUAUUCUGGGUCCCACCCCCCACCCAACCCCCCGACGUGGUGCAGACUGGCCCAGUCCGAGUCUGCGGGACCGAUCUACUCCUCCGCGAAGCCGCGGCUCAACGCCUCGAGCCGUCCAGUGAGUCGAGCAAAGUGACGCUUGAAGAAAACCCACCCCACUCUGCCAGUCAACCGGACUGGGAUUGCGUGUGUACCACGCAUUGUGUGUACGUGGCUGUUUGUGCAUGUAUGCAAAGAAUGGAGAGAAUGUGUGAACAACGAGACCGGGAGUCGAGCCAGAUGCAGUUUCGUCAAGCCAGGCAUCGGACCGUGUCCGGCCCGAGGGCGCAGACCGCGCGACAACCGACCCUAUCGAAUGGGGUCAUCGCGGACGCGUUGGUCCGGGCGGAUGCGUUCGUGUCCGCCCAUCGGCCCGGUCCGAUGGAGCCGGUUGCCGAGCCGGGCUGCCGGCAACAGGUGACGGGAGACGAGCAGACCGACAGCACACAUCCACCUGUCAACAGGACAGACAGAGUGAUUUCUUCCAACCAUUUGCAUGUGAUUUUAUGCACGUCCGUCCGUCCGUCCGUCCGUCCGUCCGUUUGUUCGUAUGUCCGACUAACCAACCGAUCCGAUUACGCAACGAAGACGGCCACGACGUUGCUGCUGGUUUUGCGCAAUCUCGUCCGGUCCAGCCUGAUUUAUGACUGCGCCCCCAUCCCAGAUGAUCCCACCUCCGACCGGUUGGUUGGUUGGCUGGGUUGGGUUGGGUGGACCCGGAAGAAGGGUCAAGGUGGGAGGGAGACGAAGCGGCCAGAGGGGCCAGACGCCCGUAUCGAGGCGCGGAGGUGGGCAGAACAAGACGACUUUCGAGUUGGAGCCAGUCGCAAACGGUGCCGACGGAUGUCGCGUGAAGAAGGCCUCGGAGUGGGAGAUUGA